CGCGCCAAAAUCUCUGCAAUACCGACUACCGCCCAUGUCGCUUCCUUUGUACUCCGCCAUAUUCUCUCAUCGGUUGUCUAUUAAUGCCUCUGUCACUCCCUGUGUUCCAAGGAGAGAUUUUCUGUCUAACGAUUUUUCGUUGCGGUUCAAUCGAAUUCGUAGAGAAGAUCAUCCAACAAGCUCAGCUCUCAACAAACUCACUCGCAUUUUGGCGAAGAAGGACGCUUCAACGGGAUUCACAAACCAGCAUGAUAUUCUUACCAAAGAUUACACGUCAGUUUUGGAGCAUGGAGCGAAGAGAUUUGAGAGCAUCAUUGCUGCUAUUCUUAUUUUAGUUCAAAUCACAUCUCCACUACCUUUGGCUGGUUGGAAUAAAAUGUCCAUUUCUCCUGCUAAGGCAGUGCUUUAUUCUCCAGACACAAAAGUUCCUAGAACAGGGGAACUAGCUUUGCGAAGGGCUAUCCCUGCAAAUGCAAGUAUGAAAGCUAUACAGGAUUCUCUGGAGGACAUCUCAUAUUUGCUGAGGAUUCCACAGAGAAAGCCCUAUGGAACAAUGGAGGGAAAUGUGAAAAAAGCUCUAAAGAUAGCAAUGGAUGAAAAGGAAUCCGUAUUGGCUAGCAUACCAGCUGAUUUAAGGGAUAAGGGAUCAGAUUUGUAUGCUUCUUUUAUAGAUGGGAAGGGUGGGCUGCAAUUCCUCCUUGAAUGUAUAAAGGAUAAGGACCCAGACAGAGUAUCCGUAGGUCUUGCAUCUUCACUGGAUACGCUUGCACAGCUGGAGUUGUUACAGGCUCCAGGGUUGUCAUUUUUGUUACCUGAACAGUACCUGAAGUAUCCGAGGCUCUCAGGGAGAGGAACUAUCGAAUUCUCCAUUAAGAAAGGAGAUGGUUCAACUUUUUCUCCAGAAGCUGGUGGUGAACCUAGAAAAAUUGCCACAAUCCAGGUUGUUAUAGAUGGAUAUUCAGCACCUUUGACAGCAGGGAACUUUGCAAAACUGGUGGUUGAUGGGGCAUAUAACGGGGUGAAGCUCAGCUGUACUGACCAAGCAAUUCUCUCAGACAGUGGGAUUGGAAAGAACAGUGGUUAUGGUGUUCCCUUAGAAAUAAUGCCAUCUGGACAGUUUGAACCACUGUACAAAACAACUCUAAGUGUGCAGGAUGGAGAGCUGCCUGUGCUUCCAUUAUCAGUUUAUGGUGCAGUUGCUAUGGCACACAGUGAUGUGUCUGAGGAGUACUCAUCUCCAUAUCAGUUCUUCUUUUAUCUAUAUGAUAAGAGGAAUUCUGGCUUAGGAGGGUUGUCUUUCGAGGAGGGUCAAUUUUCUGUCUUUGGGUAUGCCCUUAAUUUUAGUUGCAAUCACUGA